AUGGCCGCAGAGAUCAAAAGCGGGACGCUUCUGCGGGGGCGGAUUGUGGCUGCGGAACUACCUUACAUUCGCGUUGACUUUGGUUUGAAACGUGAAGUGCCGUUUCUGCCUGCGGAGGUGCUCGGUGAGGGUCGAGUUGGGGACGAAGUGAUUAUGCCUCUCAUCGCCACAGAGGACGACUUCCAGGAACCCGUGCUAGACUAUUCUGGACAGUAUUACAAGCCACUGCUGGUGGCGGAGCGAUAUCGCCUUUGGGAGCCGCCGCCAGAUGCUGACCAAGAAAAGGAGCUUGAUGAAGGCAAGCCACGGUUCCUGUUCGGACGCGUGGCAUCGCUCAAGCGAGGCGGAUUCAAUGCCAAAAUUUUAGGGAUCGAAGCAUUCUUACCGCGGAAACAAAGUCUGAUUCUUGUCCGCAGAGACGAUGCGUCGAGUGCGAACCCAUUCAUUGGUAGCUAUAUGCCGUUCGUGCUCUUAUCCACGAAUUUUUUCGUCGAAGGUGCUAGCCCGGCGCCUUCCGCCGCUUCGCCCUCGGGGCUCGUUCCAGGCCCAGGCGGUAGACCGAGUCUCUCGGCAUAUGGGACGAAACGAGUUCGCGUGUUGCCCGUCGUAUCGAAUUAUGCGAGCUUUCUCUACAUCCUUGUCGAGCUUGUGCGCAACGCAGAAAAGUACAGCCUCUCGCCGGAUGAGCGUCUCGCCUAUUUGCGGCUGCUGGCGCGGGUCAUAUGGAGCCGGAAUCAUCACGUUCGUCGGUUCCACGUCACCCGAACCAUGCCGCGAGUCAACACACUUGCAGAGGGAGCGCUCGCGGCGGCCGCGGAGGGUACCUUGGGCACUGAACAGGCACUCGACGUGCAAACCUCAGGUGCCGCUCCAGCACAGGAUUUCGCUGCAGCAAAAGUUGUUCUCGAGAAGCCCUUCAGCGAAACGCGGGGCUCGGCAGUUGCCGAGAAUACGCUGCAGUCUCGGCGAAAACGCGCUUCAAUGCUGCGCGAACUAGCAGAGAAAAAAUCCUCCUCGAAAAAGAGGUAA